AUGGUGAAUCUUAAAAAAUCUUAUGGAGCAAUACCCUUAUUGGAACGAGAAUGGUGGAAGAGUGAUAUAAUGGAGGUUUAUAAAGAAUUUCAAAAAUCAGGUGGAGACCCUAAUUCUUCUGAUGCAUAUACUAUUAAUGGUCAACCUGGUGAUCUUCAACCCUGCUCAGAUGCAUUUAAGCUAAUGGUGGACCAUGGCAAGACCUACCUUCUUCGCCUAAUCAAUGCCGCCCUUCAAGAAAUUCUCUUCUUCGCUAUCCGAAACCAUAACCUCACCGUUGUUGGCAUCGAUGGUGCCUACACCAAGCCGCACACAUUCGAUGUAAUCGCGAUUUCACCGGGACAAACCAUUAAUGUUUUAUUAGAAGCCAACCAAGCUUUAGACCACUAUUACAUGGCUGCAAAAGUAUACACAAGUGUUGAUAGGGAAGAGUUUGAAACCAUAAACACUACUGCAAUCAUUCAAUACAACGGAACCUACACACCAUCUUCAAGUACUUCCUUACCUUAUCUUCCUAGCUAUAACGACACCAACGCACUGGUCAAUUUCACGAAAAACCUAAGGAGUUUAGCCGAUAAUAAUCACCCGAUUUCGGUCCCAUUAAACAUAACUAAACGAAUGCUUUUCACACUCUCUAUGAACAGAGUUCCUUGCGAAAAUGACUCAUGCACGGGGCCUGAUCGAGGGAGACUUGCAGCUAGUGUUAACAACAUUAGCUUUGUUUUUCCUGAGACGAACAUAUUAGAAGCUUAUUACAACAACAUUAGUGGUGUAUAUGGUGAUAACUUUCCUAGUUAUCCACCUACGAUAUUCAAUUUUACGGGGGAUGACAUUCCGGAGGCAUAUAAAAUACCAUGGAAUACAACUGAAGUGAAAGUUUUGGAGUAUAAUUCAGAAGUGGAGCUCGUUUUUCAAGGGACAAACUUGGUUGGGGGUGGUGAUCACCCAAUGCACUUACAUGGUUAUAGCUUUUAUGUGGUUGGACGGGGACCUGGGAAUUUUGACAAUGAAACAGACCCUUCAUGUUUUAAUCUUGUUGAUCCUCCACUGCAAAACACAAUAGCGGUCCCUAAGAAUAGCUGGGUUGCCAUAAGAUUCAAGGCAGAUAAUCCUGGAGUGUGGUUCAUGCACUGCCAUCUAGAGCGUCACUUGUCAUGGGGCAUGGAUAUGGCAUUCAUUGUGAAAGAUGGCGAAGGCUCUGAUCAAAAAAUGCUUCCACCACCAUCUGAUAUGCCACCAUGUUAAACUAAGUUUAGGGUUCAAUUCCUCAAGGGAAAUUGUGGUGUGGUGUUCUUUAAUUCUAGAAUUGUUGUCUGGAUUCAAAGGGUUGGGAGUUAGAUUGUUCGCGGUUGUACUCUUAGCCCCUGCA